AUGGGACAGUCCAACAAACUCGACAAUGACUACGCCCAAAGCACAUACGCCAAAGUGUGCUCAGAUCAUGAUGAAAAACAAUCGAAACCUGUCGUGGCCUCAGAAGACGAAGAAAAAAAGCUCAGCUCUCUACAGAAACACGUUCAAUUCUGGGACCGCGACAAUGACGGCAUCAUCAACCCAUGGGACGUCUACAAUGGCUUCCGCGAACUCGGGUUUGGCCUUUUCUUCUCAAUAGGCUCUCUUCUCAUCCCCAUCUUCUUUUCGUAUCCAACACGGCUCGGUCAUAGUUGGCUGCCUGACCCCUUAUUCCGUAUCUACGUCAAUGACAUCCACAAGGCCAAGCAUGGCUCUGAUACAGACAUCUUCGACUUUGAUGGGAACUUCAGCCCUGAGAGAUUCGAGCAAAAGUUCCAACGGUUCGACACCUCAGGCGAUGGGGCCUUGACUGCUGAUGAUCUAUGGAGAUUAUGGGCCAAGGAUCGCUGUGCAGCAGAUCCAGCUGGUUGGACUUUUGCUUUCAUGGAGUGGUGGACAACAUAUGUGCUUCUCCAGGAAGAUGGGAUCCGUAUGCUUGGAGGACAGAACGGAUAA